AUGGAAGAGGGCAAAAACAUGGCCGACGAAAGACACCAGCUUUUCACUUGUGACUCUUGCCACGGUCCGUGUGCGUCAGUUUGCGCCGCUUUGAGCUUUACGCGCGGCCCCUCCACAGAUCCGCGGGAGUCCAGCGCUGGUCUGACCCGUGUCCAGCCUCCCUCCAGCCCGCCUCGGCUCUCCCCAUACCCCGCUAAGUGCUGCUCCUCUCCAGCUCCCCGUGGGACUCCCUCCCGCUCGUCUCAUAUGGAGAUGGAUGUGCUGGUGCUGGAUGUGCUGGUGCUGGAUGUGCUGGUGCUGGAUGUGCUGGUGCUACACUGCCCUCUACUGGCACAAACACACAACGCCACGUAUAGAGCAUAG